AUGGCUGAAGCUCCUAUGUCUGGCCCAGCAGCUGGACUAAACUUAUUGACACCUGCGAGUAACCCACUUGUCAUAGUUUAUUCCAUGAAAGCAUCUUCUCAUCUCGGGCAGUUAGGCUAUCUGGUUGAAGCUUCUUUAGCAGUCACCUGCAUCAUAGGGUUUAUUGUUGCUAUUAACUUACCUCGGCGGAUGCUCUAUUAUGUACUACCACACGUUUUCUUGAUCAUCGAUCCUUUUGACACAACGCAUAACAUUUACCUAAAGAUGAAGUCGCACGUAGCGAUGUGUUACAUAACUGGGACGUCUGAGAUGACCGACGCCGAGCGCCAUAGCCGUUACAGAAAACAUCUCGCGAACCGAGAAUGCACGACCAGGACACGCUGGUCCACUGCAUUAGAAAACGAGGAAACAACACUCGAACAUGCUAUGAAUACACGCAUACAGACACCCGAUACCGACCCAAGUAACAGACAACGAAUUCGUAGUUCACCAAGCCCAGAUGUAUUGGCAAGAGAAGAGGAUUUCACUUAUUCAACAUCAUCGGCUGGGAACGGUAUCGACAGAGAAGUGGGCGCUGUUCGUCUACCCAUUCGCACACGGUUCGCCAACGUGAUCAACGAUACCAUCCAUCAAGAUGACAACGAGGGCAGGACGGUCCAGCAACUUCUUACGACAGUUACCCCUCGGCUGGAAUGUGCCAUUAUUCGCAGUGACGAGUAUUCGUUACAUUCUGCAGCAAGAUCAAGACAGAUAUGUCAGACGCAAAUGAGCGAACAGCAGGCUGACUGGCAGUCUAAGCCAGGGGUGCCAACGCGCAACUCAGAGCGAGAAUCUACUCAUGACCGUUACCAGGACUCUUUAGAAACCACCAAUCGUACGGUGGAUACCGAGACGAUGGCCUCAAUGAUUGCAGCAGAGCUCAACGUUACGCCCCCACGAAGAAAUUUGUCUGUAUACAGCGAUGCUCUACCUGUGAAUGGACAGCCGCAAACACCAAGGCAGCUGCUGGAGGCCCGUCACCAAAGCCGAUUUAACGGAGCCUAUACCGCGCCAGUUCGAGGCAGACGCAUAGAGGCCGAUGUAGGCGAUGCGCCAGUUACAGUGAGACGAAGGCGAGCUGGACGCAAUACUAGCUUGGUAGGGUUGAGCCUAGAGCUGCACGGUUUACACGAAGACAGUCAAAACACUGACGAUGUUUGA